GUGUACCUGAAGGCCCCUAUGAUCCUGAAUGGAGUGUGUGUGAUCUGGAAGGGCUGGAUAGACCUGCAGCGCCUCGAUGGGAUGGGCUGUUUGGAGUUCGAUGAGGAGAGAGCACAGGUACUGUAUUAUAACAUUACAUUACACCCGCUGGUCCCCAAGCACCACCAACACAAAACACACAACUAGAUAGAACAAUUGCAUACAGUAUAUACACGUAUUUACAUCUCUAGACAAACUACUUUUGAGUUGCUUAACUAAAACUAAACUAAGCAGGUUGUGCCCCUACCCCUACAUAUACAGUGGCUUGCGAAAGUAUUCACCCCCCUUGGCAUUUUUCCUAUUUUGUUGCCUUACAACCUGAAAUUAAAAUAGAUUUUUGGGGGGGGUUGUAUCAUUUGAUUUACACAACAUGCCUACCACUUUGAAGAUGCAAAAUAUGUUUUUUUGUGAAACAAACAAGAAAUAAGACAAAAAAAACAGAACCUGAGCGUGCAUAACUAUUCACCCCCCCCCCCCCCCCAAAGUCAAAACUUUGUAGAGCCACCUUUUGCAGCAAUUACAGCUGCAAGUCUCUUGGGGUAUGUCUCUAUAAGCUUGGCACAUCUAGCCACUGGGAUUUAUGCCCAUUCUUCAAGGCAAAACUGCUCCAGCUCCUUCAAGUUGGAUGGGUUCCGCUGGUGUACAGCAAUCUUUAAGUCAUACCACAGAUUCUCAAUUGGAUUGAGGUCUGGGCUUUGACUAGGCCAUUCCAAUACAUUUAAAUGUUUCCCCUUAAACCACUCAAGUGUUGCUUUAGCAGUAUGCUUAGGGUCAUUGUCCUGCUGGAAGGUGAACCUUCAUCCCAGUCUCAAAUCUGUGGAAGACUGAAACAGGUUUCCCUCCAGAAUUUCCCUGUAUUUAGCGCCAUCCAUCAUUCCUUCAAUUCUGACCAGUUUCCCAGUCCCUGCCGAUGAAAAACAUCCCCACAGCAUGAUGCUGCCACCACCAUGCUUCACUGUGGGUGAAAAGUGGUCCUAUGGACAGAUACUCCAAUCUCCGCUGUGGAGCUUUGCAGCUCCUUCAGGGUUAUCUUUGGUAUUUUUGUUGCCUCUCUGAUUAAUGCCCUCCUUGCCUGGUCCGUGAGUUUUGGCCCUCUCUUGGCAGGUUUGUUGUGGUGCCAUAUUCUUUCCAUUUUUUAUUAUGGAUUUAAUGGUGCUCCGUGGGAUGUUCAAAGUUUUGGAUAUUUUUUUAUAACCCAACCCUGAUCUGUACUUCUCCACUACUUUGUCCCUGACCUGUUUGGAGAGCUCCUUGGUCUUCAUGGUGCCGCUUGCUUGGUGGUGCCCCUUGCUUAGUGGUGUUGCAGACUCUGGGGCCUUUCAGAACACUUUCAGAACAGGUGUAUAUAUACGGAGAUCAUGUGACACUUAGAUUGCACACAGGUGGACUUUAUUUAACUAAUUAUGUGACUUCUGAAGGUAAUUGGUUGCACCAGAUCUUAUUUAGGGGCUUCAUAGCAAAGGGGGUGAAUACAUAUGCACGCACACCUUUUCCGUUAUUUAUUUUUUUGACUUUUUUGAAACAAGUAAUUUUUGUUAUUUCACUUCACCAAUUUGGACUAUUUUGUGUAUGUCCAUUACAUGAAAUACAAAUAGAAAUCCAUUUAAUUACAGGUUGUAAUGCAACAAAAUAGGAAAAAUGCCAAGGGGGAUGAAUACUUUUGCAAGGCACUGUACAAACAAAACACCCACUCACCAGUCCAAACAAACUGUGUGUCUCAGUGUGUCUCUCCCACUCUGUGUGUGUUCAGCAUGAGGAUGCCCUUGCGCAGGCAGCCUUUGAGGAGUCACGUAGGAGGACCCGGGACUUCGAGGACAGAGACCGCUCGCACCGAGAGGAACUGGAGGUGAGAUGGGCUGGACAGGCUGACGGGCUAAGGAUGGGGUGGUGGUGUCCCCCCUAGUCACAUGAUUAGUGCUAACGAUAAGAAGUGUUGUUGGAAUAUGAUGAUUGGUUGUGUCCCCUAUGUGUCUGUUACCAUGAGAACUCGUAUUGUGUGAAUAACCCAUUUAGUUUUUGAUAUUUACCAUUAACACAAACAUGAACUCAUUGUGUGUUUGUCUGAGAGGUUGUGUGUGUGUGUUUUGUAUUUUAUCUUAAAGCAUUUUUAUGGUAUGUAGGUUUAGUGCAUGAAGAGUUUAUUCAUGAUUAGAACACACAGAUCCUAAAUGCAACCCCUCUAAGAUAAAAACCAAAUUGUGUUUUUUUAGGACCCUGUGGCAUCAAAAAUCUGGGACUGAUGGCAUUCAAGGACCAGGGUCUGUCUUCUUUGCUUUUCAAUGUCACUCUGUCAUGCACUAAACCGUGUGUGUGAUAUAUGUGUGUUGUUUGUGUGCAUAGUGAGGUUUUUGUGAAUCAACACGAGAGCAUGUGCAUGUAUGUGAACAAUUUGAAGUAUCUGAGUCUGCCUGUUUUAGUGCCUGCAUGUGCAGAUAGAGAGAAUGAGUGAGUGACAGAGAGAGAGAAAGAAAGUUACAUAUGAACUGUAUCUGUUGAGUUAACACACUGUAAUAGGUUUCUUCCUAGGUUUUGCCUUUCUAGGGAGUUUUUCCUAGCCACCGUGCUUCUACACCUGCAUUACUAGCUGUUUGGGGUUUUAGGCUGGGUUUCUGUACAGCACUUCGAGAUAUUAGCUGAUGUAAGAAGGGCUAUAUAAAAUAAAAUUGAUUGAUUGAUAAUGAAUGCUUAGCGAUAAUGUGGGUUCCUUCCCUCUCAUCCCCCAUAAACUGUCUCAGGGUCAGUCAUAUGAAUAUGCUUUAUGGACUUUUUAAUGCAUUUUAUGAUAGUGGGACGUGUGCAAGUCAGGACAUCCUACCAGGGUAUAAGCUGGAAGACUGGAAGACAGACCCCCCACACACACUUUCCCCCAGUGCCUAAUGUAGAACAGACCUCCACACACACACCACCCACCCUCCCCUGCUGCCGGAGGAGUCCCUGCAAGGCCUGAUGGGACAUAUCUGCCACAGCUUGGCAGCACAUGAUGAGGGAGGGAGGGAGGGAGAUCUGAAGCAGGGCUUUCAUGUUCACAUCAAGUAUUUCCUACCUCAGAAACAUACAGUGGCUUGCGAACGUACACGUCCUGGUAAUCCGUCUGGACCUGCGGCCUUGUGAAUGUUGACCUGCUUAAAAGUCUUACUCACAUCGGCUACGGAGAGCAUGAUCAGCUGAUGCUCUCAUGCAUGCUUCAGUGUUGCUUGCCUCGAAGCGAGCAUAGAAGUGAUUUAGCUCAUCUGGUAGGCUUGUGUCACUGGGCAGCUCGUGGCUGUGCUUCCCUUUGUAGUCUGUAAUAGUUUGCAAGCCCUGGCACAUCCGAUGAACGUCGGAGCUGGUGUAGUACGAUUCAAUCUUAGUCCUGUUUUGACUCUUUGCCUGUUUGAUGGUUCGUCGGAGGGCAUAGCGGGAUUUCUUAUAAGAGUCCGGGUUAGAGUCCUGCUCCUUGAAGCGGCAGCUCUACCCUUUAGCUCAGUGCGGAUGUUGCCUGUAAUCCAUGGCUUCUGGUUGGGGUAUGUACGUACGGUCACUGUGGGGACGACGUCAUCGAUGCACUUAUUGAUGAAGAAAGUGACUGAUGUGGUGUACUCCUCAAUGCUAUCUGAAGAAUCCCGGAACAUAUUCCAGUCUGUGCUAGCAAAACAGUCCUGGAGCUUAGCAUCUGCGUCAUCUGACCACUUCCUUAUUAACCAAGUCACUGGUGCCUCCUGCUUUAGCUUUUGCUUAUAAGCAGGAAUCAGGAGGAUAGAAUUAUGGUCAGAUUUGGCAAAUGGAGGGCAAGGGAGAGCUUUGUACGUGUCUCUGUGUGUGGAGUAAAGGUGGUCUAGAGUUUUUUUUCCUCUGGUUGCAAAUUUAACAUGCUGGUAGAAAUGAGGUAGAACGGAUGUAAGUUUCCCUGCAUUAAAGUCCCCUUUUGCACGGCACUAUACCUUCCAGCUCCCUCAGGAAGAAUCGUCUCUUUUCUUCUGAAAAUCUAUAAGGCAAUGCUCUUUAUGGAGAUAUGAUGUAUUGGUCAAAUUAUUAAUUAUUAAUUAUUAUUAUUUUCUUUACUGACAUCGAGCCAGGAGGCGAUAUAGUGUGUGGAAGGUGUAUGACAUAUACUGUAUUCUAACGGAACACUUUCCAUGUGUUUCAUUCUCAAAUACUCACGGUGGUGGAAACUUGAAACCCCUAAUCAUUUUCAUCACAUUUAAAUUGGUUUUUAUCCAUCCAAGUUACAGUAUGUUGAAAUAGCAGAAAGUCAUCUCAUAAACUGCUGUGAUCCAGAAUUUUCUGAUUGGACUGUAGCAUUUAGCGAUUUCUCUAAUUAGUGAAUCCCAUUGCUCUGGUGUCCUCUCAGGGAGGGAGAAAGAUGAUAUUGUUGGUUUUAUUUUAGAUGAAGAAUUGCAUUUGGACAUCAGGACCCUGUUUUUAUGUGAUAUGGGCUCCUGGCUCUUGAGUACAUUCAGCCGUUGCAUUUCUGUGGUCUGAAUUUAUACUCAGUCAACCAUAACUCAAGGCCAACAGCACAAUGACUGUCUGCCAUCAGUGGUAGCUGGGAGGCCUCUUAAGGGUUUAGAAACCAGAAGUCACAGCUCUUCUCUAGCAGGGAGGUCAGUGUCAGCUCUUUAGUAUGUCUAAGUACAGCAUAUAAGGUUAAUUCCUCUGCUGUGUGGCCUGUACGUGUUUUGGUCAUGAAUUAAUAUGUAUAAUGAAUAUUGUCCAGGUUUGAUGUUUUUCGUGUGUGUGUGUGUGUGUGUGUGUGUGUGUGUGUGUGUGUGUGUGUGUGUGUGUGUGUGUGUGUGUGUGUGUGUGUGUGUGUGUGUGUGUGUGUGUGUGUGUGUGCUCGGGCGUGUGUGCUCAUGUGUGUAAGAGCGAUUCAGGACAGGACAGUGAUGGCCAUCUAGAUGAUUGAUGAAUAUAAGAUGGAUGAAGAAUAAAUUGUCCAUUUUUCAUUAGGCCGGGCCCCAUUCUGCAGGUGGAGUUAGAGGAUGAAUGAUGUGCUGGCAGUAAAAGUAUUCAUAUAGCAUUAGUAUUGAUUUUUAUUAGGAUCCCUGUCUGCCCUGCCUAAUCUCAGCUCAAUUGACUUGUGGUACAGGCUAGCGCUCUGCCGACUGGCUCGAUGAUCGAUCUCUGUGCUUGUCCUCUCCUCUCCGGCCACCGCCCCCCCCUCCCCCUGGAACUACGAUAGCACUCCACUCAGGGCUGAGGCUUACUGUAAUGUUUAUCCUCAAAAUAAUAUUCCUUUGUCUGUAGAGUAGUUGCUGCACUUCAUAUAGUAUAUUAUUAUGUAUGUAAAAGUUUGAUCCUUCCUGAUUUUGGUGUGUAUUACUCCUUAACUCUGAUUGUUUUGGAGGUUGGUCCAGUUGACAUUGCAUUGCGUGUGGCCUGAGACAUAGUUUUUUCUUCAACCAUGACCAAACCGUAACUGGUGUUUUUGGCCACAAAGGGACCUUUACAUAGAAUUUCUUUCCUCUGACUCAAGGACACCUCUGACGCCUUCCGUUUGUAAUCUGGGUGAAUAUGGGUGGUAACUAAGGGAGAAGCGUUCGUGUGUGUGUGUGUUUGUGUGUGCGCAUGCAUAUGUGUGUUGUUGCUGUUGUUGUUGUUGUCGAAAUCACACUCCAACUACUGAGUAAAACUUUGAUCGGCCAUAAAAUUGGCCAUAAAAUCAUGUUAAGUUCAUAAAAAUCUUCUUAAAUUAUUUUGCCUUGCAAAAGUAUUCAUCCCCCUUGGCGUUUUUCCUAUUUUGUUGCAUUACAACCUGUAAUUUAAAUGGAUUUCUAUUUGGAUUUCAUGUAAUGGACAUACACAAAAUAGUCCAAAUUGGUGAAGUGAAAUUUAAAAAAUAACUUGUUUCAAAAAAUUCUAAAAAAUUAAUAACGGAAAAGUGGCGCGUGCAUAUGUAUUCACCCCCUUUGCUAUGAAGCCCCUAAAUAAGAUCUGGUGCAACCAAUUACCUUCAGAAGUCACAUAAUUAGUUAAAUAAAGUCCACCUGUGUGCAAUCUAAGUGUCACAUGAUCUCAGUAUAUAUACACCUGUUCUGAAAGGCCCCAGAGUCUACAACACCACUAAGCAAGGGGCACCACCAAGCAAGCGGCACCAUGAAGACCAAGUAGCUCUCCAAACAGGUCAGGGACAAAGUUGUGGAGAAGUACAGAUCAGGGUUGGGUUAUAAAAAAAUAUCCGAAACUUUAAACAUCCCACGGAGCACCAUUAAAUCCAUUAUUAAAAAAUGGAAAGAAUAUGGCACCACAACAAACCUGCCAAGAGAGGGCCGCCCACCAAAACUCACGGACCAGGCAAGGAGGGCAUUAAUCAGAGAGGCAACAAAGAGACCAAAGAUAACCCUGAAGGAGCUGCAAAGCUCUACAGCAGAGAUUGGAGUAUCUGUCCAUAGGACCACUUUAAGCCAUACACUCCACUGAGAUGGGCUUUACGGAAGAGUGGCCAGAAAAAAGCUAUUGCUUAAAGGAAAAAAUAAGCAAACACGUUUGGUGUUCGCCAAAAGGCAUGUGUGAGACUCCCCAAACAUAUGGAAGAAGGUACUCUGGUCAGAUGAGACUAAAAUUGAGCUUUUUGGCCAUCAAGAAAAAUGCUAUGUCUGGCGCAAACCCAACACCUCUCAUCACCCCGAGAACACCAUCCCCACAGUGAAGCAUGAUGGUGGCAGCAUCAUGCUGUGGGGAUGUUUUUCAUCGGCAGGGACUGGGAAACUGGUCAGAAUUGUAGGGAUGAUGGAUGGCGCUAAAUACAGGGAAAUUCUUGAGGGAAACCUUUCAGUCUUCCAGAGAUUUGAGACUGGGACGGAGGUUCACCUUCCAGCAGGACAAUAACCCUAAGCAUACUGCUAAAGCAACACUCGAGUGGUUUAAGGGGAAACAUUUAAAUUGGAAUGGCCUAGUCAAAGCCCAGACCUCAAUCCAAUUGAGAAUCUGUGGUAUGACUUAAAGAUUGCUGUACACCAGCAGAACCCAUCCAACUUGGAAGGAGCUGGAGCAGUUUUUCCUUGAAGAAUGGGCAAAAAUCCCAGUGGCUAGAUGUGCCAAGCUUAUAGAGACAUACCCCAAGAGACUUGCAGCUGUAAUUGCUGCAAAAGGUGGCUCUACAAAGUAUUGACUUUGGGGGGGUGAAUAGUUAUCUACGCUCAAGUUUUCUUAUUUUGUUGUCUUAUUUCUUGUUUGUUUCACAAGAAAAAAUAUUUUGCAUCUUCAAAGUGGUAGGCAUGUUGUGUAAAUCAAAUGAUACAAACCCCCCAAAAAUCAAUUUUUAAUUCCAGGCCACAAAAUAGGAAAAAUGCCAAGGGGGGUGAAUACUUUCGUGAGCCACUGUAACUAUAGCCCUAUUAAUUGUUUUGAAGACACUCUAUUUACGUUUAUGAUUCUGAAGUGGAAGAAUGGAUGAGCAUCGGUGUCUCCUUUAGGAUUAAAGUAGUAGACUGAACCAGGGUUAGAAGGAGCUAUUAUGGUGAGUCAUUUGGAUGACGACGACAUGCCAUUUCAGCUUAGAGACUUGUACCAGCGUCUGCUUUCUCCCUCUGUCUGCCUUGUCUGUCCGUCUGUCUCACAGAUAUCUAUGUUGGGAGAUAUUUAGUCGUAGACACAUAAACAUAUGUAUCUGUGACAGGCAGACAAGUCAUUUUUUAUUUUUAAAGCGUGUUAUGUAGAAGACUUCCCCGACGACUAAUGACUGUCUGCUAUUCGGCCCAAAAAAGAAAAUCAAUUUUUAGCCUCAGCUGGAAGCUCUCUGGUGCCCUCUGCUGAAUAUACUGUAUGACAUAUACUGCACUCACUGAUGCCCCAUCUAAGGCCAUUCUCAACACAUAACACACAUACUCAUGAUGAUAUAUUAAAUCUGUCCCCCCCCCCCCCCAUCUCUCUCUCCCUAUGCCAACAGCCCAGGCGACAGCAGGACCCCAGCCCUGUUACCAACAUGGGCAACAACGCUGAUGAUCACAAGAUGCGCUAG